GAAGUGUCUGCCCAGAGUUUGUCGAAGUGCUAACGGCUACGCUAAUGCAUUUCAGAGCGCAAUACGAUUCUCUGACUGAAUGUGUCAUCUCCAUCCCGGACACAGAUUUACACACUAUCGCCAUGCUACCGCAGCAGUGAACCUUCUUCACGGAAAUAAAAAUAAACGACCGAAUAUCCUUCUGCUUAUCCAAGCGGUAAAACUAGGCAGAAGACAACAUUUAAGUUGACAGUAAACUGAAAGUAGCAUGUUUACACUCAUCACAUUUCUCCUCAGAGUGACUACUUCACUGGUGUGAAUGACCGACGUGGUGCUUACCACUGCCCUCAGUGAAAUAAAGCUCCGCCUACUCUGCCACGAUGACAUAGAGAGAAUAAAAGUGCUCUGUGGCGAAUGGUUUCCCAUUGAGUAUCCAGACUUAUGGUACCAUGACAUCACAUCAAAUAAGAAGUUUUUCUCUCUGGCUGCCACCUUUAGAGGUGGUAUCGUCGGGAUGAUUGUGGCAGAAAUAAAAAGCAGAACGAAAGUGCACAAAGAGGAUGGAGACAUACUGGCCUCCAGCUUUCCUGUUGACACCCAAGUUGCGUACAUCCUGAGUUUAGGGGUCGUGAAGGAGUUUCGAAAACAUGGAAUAGGCUCUCUGUUGCUGGACAGUUUAAAGGAGCACAUCUCCACCACGGCACAGGACCAUUGUAAAGCCAUCUACCUGCAUGUGCUCACCACCAAUAACACUGCCAUUCACUUCUAUGAGAACAGAGACUUUAAACAGCACCAUUAUUUACCGUAUUAUUACUCUAUACGAGGAGUGCUGAAGGAUGGCUUCACCUACGUCCUCUACAUCAAUGGUGGACAUCCUCCAUGGACUCUCUUUGAUUACAUUCAUCAUAUAGGUUCGGCACUGGCCAGUCUGAGCCCCUGCUCAAUUCCUCAGAGGAUUUACCGGCAAGCACAGAAUCUGCUGCGCAGCUUUCUGCCCUGGUCCAGCAUCUCUUCCAAGAGCGGCAUCGAGUACAGCAGAACCAUGUGAGGUCACGACAGCGCAGGGAGGAAGAGAUUGAUUUGUGUGGAUCACAUCAGAUGCCCAAGAGGAAUGUGAAGACUGAUGUCAGAUCUCUCUGGUCUUAGUGUAUUAUACUUGUACAUUAUAUAUGUAUAUACAUAUAUAUACUUUAAUUAAUAUAUUAUGCAUAGUCAUUAUUAGAUUGCCCACUUAAUAUAAACUCCACUUCAUGCCUGUAAUUCUGCUGCUGUGUAGAAAUACUCUAUUGUUUAACCAGAAUUUUUAAUAUAAAUAGAUUUUUUUUUGUUUGUUUUUUAAUUUGUGCCUGUUCUGUAUAGAUGAUUUUAGGGUUUGAUGGUAGAAGUAUGCACACUUUUUCAUUAAGUCACUGUCAUGCAUGUCAAGCUCUAGUGGCUUUUUUGUGUGUGUGCAGGAACACUUUGACACUAAGCAUAUAUUUUAGCCCCCAGUUUUAAUUUUUUUUUAAUAACAAUUGCACAGAGGCAAUGAAUGUAGUGUUUCUAUGAAGGAAAAAAAACAAAAACGACACAGUUACAGACAACCCUCCAUCUCACCAAAUGUGUAUUGCUACUGUCAAAUGCAAAUGUGAAAAACUUUUUAAAUUCAGAUCAUCUUAAUUUAGCUAGAGUUACAUCCUGCCAUUCCAUACUUUCUGUUCUUUUAAAGGGGAAAUAAAUGAAUGUUGUGGGGAAGAGAAAUGCUUUGAAUUUCGGUAUGUUUCUGUGAAUCAGGGAUUUACACACAAAAUAAAGGGAUUUAAAAAUUAA